AUGGAAAAAGCUAACAAUAAUGUCAUAAGUAAUAAAUCAAAGGAACCACCAAAACCAAUCUAUAUAUUUCAUAGAGAUGAAAAUGGUGAACUUAUUUUAUGGAACUUUAAAAUUAAAAGACCAAUCAUGAAAUUCAAUGCACAUGAUCAAGAUGAUUAUUUAAAAAUCUGGAAACUUGAUAAACUUAAACUUGAUCAAUUGAAUGAAGAGUCGACCACCUUUACUAGUAGUGGUAGUGUUGGUGUUGAAAAUGUUGAGAAUUUAAUAAAACUUGAUAAAAAAAUUAUAAUAAACUUUAGAAAUUUUUGUAAAUUUGGUGCAUGUGAAAAAGAAAUUCUAAAGAUUUUUUGA